GUCUUUGUUAGUGGAUAGCCAGGUAAUCGCGUGUGUAGUCCGACUUACGAGACGAUACUGUGUCUCGGUUGGACGUUCGUGAGAGUUUGCUUUUUGGCGAUUUGAGCCAUACAUCCACGCAGCAUAGAGGGUGCCUUUAACUCUCAACAACACCCGCGACUGUUACUCUGCUCUGUAGAAUCAGUCACAUGGAACAGAUGAACUCUCCACAGUGCCAAGCCCACACGGGCGAGAAGCCGUUCAAUUGUUGUGUGUGUGUGAAGGCAUUUUCACGGAAAUCAACUCUUAGCAGACACCAGAAAACACACACGGGCGAGAAGCCAUUCAAUUGCUCUGUGUGUGGGGAGGCAUUUUCACGGAAAUCAACUCUUAGCAGACACCAGAAAACGCACACGGGCGAGAAGCCAUUCAAUUGCUCUGUGUGUGGGAAGGAAUUUUCACAGAAAUCACAUCUUCAGAGUCACCAGAAAACUCACACAGGCGAGAAGCCAUUCAAGUGCUCUGUUUGUGGGAAGGCAUUUGCGGAUAAAUCAGCUCUUAACAAACACCAGAAAACACAAACGGGCGAGAAGCCGUUCAAUUGCUCUGUGUGUGGGAAGGCAUUAGCACAGAAUUCACAUCUUCAGAGUCACCAGAAAACACACACGGACGAGAAGCCAUACUCUGCGUGUGGGAAGGCAUUUGCAUAGAAAUCAAAUCUUCACAGUCACCAGAAAACUCACACGGGAUGCCUGGAUGUAGUGGAGGUAAUGAGUCCUGGCAACAAUUACUCUUUCGACCUCAUGCAGGUGGAUGCUGAGAAAUCGCUGCUGGAGUGGCUGGAGGGUCAAAGUUUUGAGGACUUCUGUUAACUCUUGAAGUCCUGGAAUGUGCAUGUUUGU